AUUACUAUUCAUAAAUUUGUUUUUGUUUCUUUCAUUUCUAUUAUGGGUGCAGAGCAAUCAGCAUUGUUAGUCUGCACACAAACUGGAAAACCGGAAAAUCCUCUCAAACUUCCCAAUGCUGAGCAAUUUUUCCAAAUGUAUUUUGAUAAAAUGGCUGAACCUAGAACAGGACCUGUCACAGAAGCCCUGCUACAUUUAAUAGCGAACGUGCCACAACAGUCUUUAUCUGAAGAGAACGAAAAUGUGUAUGCCAAACCUUUAGAGCUGGGUUUUGGCUACCAAAAUGAUAAUUUAGAGGAAGCAAGUGAUGACGAACCGGAGCAAGAAAUAAAUGUUAUGUCUGACGAAUCCAAUUCACUUGAUGAUUCUUCCGACAGUGAUGUUAGUAUAGAGCCCAUUUCCAGUCAUGGCAAUUGUAAUUUUAAGUUGAUUCCCUUGGAUUUAAAACCAAUUGAUUUACUCGAUAUUGACGAUCCUAAAAUGCAGUUUCAAAAUGAAUUUGUUAUACGAGUUGGUGACUUAGCCAAUGAAGAUAGUUCAGAACGAAAAAUUUACAUAAAUUAA